GGGAAAUUUAAAACUCGGCGGAUAAUCAAACGUAAACAUAAAAACUAGCGGAAUAAAUCCUCCCAAAACGAGACCAGGAUGCUCCCAGUCUGAUAUUUUCACAUCCCCGAACGUAAAGGUCGCUUCACACCAACAUGAAGAAGAAGAAGGCGAGAACGUCUCAGGGCGCACACGCCGAGGACUGCUGUGCUCUCUGCAGGCAGAGUGAUGAUGACCCGGCCAUGUUUGGAGAAAAAGUCACACUCAAAGAGGAAAAACUCUCUGUCCACUACUUCUGUUUGCUGACUUCGUGUGGAGUUUACCAGCGAGGAGAAGAGGACGAGGGCGUCUUCGGUUUCCUGCUGGAGGACAUCAGACAGGAGAGCCGCCGGUCGUCUCGACUGACGUGUUCCUGCUGUAAGAAGAAGGGAGCGUGUGUCGGCUGUAACGUCCGAAGCUGCAGGAAGAUGGUCCACUUCCCCUGCGGGAGGAAACACAAGUACAUCUCUCAGUUUACCGGACUCUUCCCGUCCUACUGUCCCGAUCACAGUCCCACUCAGUCUCUGUGUGUGAGUUCAGACCUCAGUCUGCCUCAGUCCUGCUCCAUCUGUCUGGACCCCAUCGAGCCCGUCCUGAGCUACUCCGUCCUCAAGUGUCCGUCCUGCCACUCCAGCUGGUUCCACAGGGACUGCGUGCAGCGUCAGGCCCACAGUGCCGGUCUCUUCUUCUUCAGAUGUACUCUCUGUAACAACAAGGAGGUCUUCCAGGAGGAGAUGCAGAGGAUGGGAAUCUACAUCCCCGAGAGAGAUGCCUCAUGGGAGUUGGAGGAAAAUGCAUAUUCAGAACUGCUGGAGGUUUACAUGCACUGCGACGCUCUCACCUGCCUCUGCAGCGAUGGACGAACGCGCUCCGCAAAGAAAGGGUGGUUCGAGGUGAUUCGCUGCCGGCUGUGUGGCUCCAGAGGGACUCACAGGAAAUGUUCGGCGCUGAAGUUGGACACCAGAGACUGGGCCUGCAGCGACUGCACGCAGGCGACUGACGGGAAAGCGUCCCUGGUUGCGUCUCCUCAGGGAGGACAGAGGAGGAGUCUGCUGUCCAAACGCCACCUGUCCCCCCUCCACUCCCCCCUCCACUCCCCCAUCCACUCCCCCGUCAGCUGUAAAAGGUACACCAGACCUGUAGGCUCUGGAUCCCCGGAGGAGAUGCUGCAGGCGUUGGGCCCUAGGCUCCGCCCCCUCUGCGUGCAGGUGGAGGUGGAUGGAGACCAGGCUCUGUGUGCUGGCGUGGAGCUGGUACGGAGGCCCCACUUCGACCCGACACACACUCUGUCCGUCAGAUUUAAAGAUGGCCCGCAGACUACGUUUCCCAGCAGGCUCCAGGGCAGCGACGCGGCCAGGCAGUACUUCCUGAAGCUGCUGGUUCAGCAGAUCCAGGACUCGGUCGUGUUCGAGGGUCCGGACGGAUCCAAAAACCUGGCGCUGGACUCCCAGGCUGUGCGUGACGACCUGUACUUCGACGUGGGCUGCCUGCUGGCUCUCUGUCUGGUUCAGGGCGGUCCACCGAUCGGCUUCUUCUCCCCGGCUCUGUACCAGUGUCUGUUCAACUACCCGGCCAACCGGCCGCUCGCCGCCGAUCACAUGACCCCCGACACGCACUUCAGCCGCCUCGUCGGCAGGAUGGCCGAGGCGGAGUCUCUAGACGCCCUGAGAGAAGUCAUGGCGGAGAGCUGGGAGUUCCUGGAGUUAGCCGGCUGCAACCGACCAAUCAGCAGCCUGCAGCAGCGAGAGGCUCUGCUGGAGGAUCUGGUCGGCUUCACCAUGAUCACCAGGAUGCAGCUGCCGCUGCAGAGGCUUCGGGAGGGUCUGCAGACUCUGGGUGUCUUUGAUCAGGUGCAGCUGUUCCCGUCGGCGUUCUGCCGGGUGUUCUGCGAGGCGGCCGGUCGGCUCUCGGCUCAGACGCUCGGCCACGUCUUCACCGUGACCUUCUCGGAGCAGGAGGAGAGGCUGAGCAGGGAGACGCCCGUCCUCGGCUACUGGAGGCACCUCCUGUUCGAGUGUGAAGUUGGGAGGAGCUCUAUCUCCCUGCAGGAUCUCCUCCGUUUCUCCACUGGAGCCGAGGAUCUCCCAGCGGCCGCCCUCCUCCCUCCUCCCUCCAUAUCCUUCCUCCACCCGCCAGAGGGAGAAGGCGACGGAGGGAAGAGGAAGAGAGGAAGAAAGGAGGUGUUGGCGGACGAAGGUCUCUUCCCUCAGCGCGACCCCGGCUCCAGACGCCUCCUCCUGCCCGUCUCCUCCUCGUACCGGGCCUUCAAAAGCUCCGUGGAGCAGGCAGUCAGCCACCACGCUCACCUCCUCCCUACACACAGCUAGAGACUCUAUCACCUCCUCCCUACACACAGCUAGAGGCUCUAUCACCUCCUCCCUACACACAGCUAGAGGCUCUAUCACCUCCUCCUUACACACAGCUAGAGGCUCUAUCACC